UCACCUAUAGUUGAUUGUAGAUUCACUUUUGAAAGCGUGAGAAAUUGGAAAUAUGAUCAAGUAGCUUGUUGGCUGCAAGAAAAUAAUUUUCGAGAAUAUCAAAAGAUAUUUUCAGAAAACGAUAUAAACGGAGAUGUCCUAUUAGAAUUAGAUCAUGAAAUCCUCAAAGAAUUGAGGAUCAGAUCAAUCGGUGAGCGCGUUAGGAUCCUUUUAGCAGUCAAAACUUUGCUAAAGUGCUGCGUAGGAAAUACUGCUCCUUAUGCUCAUCCUAUCAAAUAUUAUCUACCAAAGGACUUGAAUUCGCCUGAUUCUGACAGAUUCCCAGUAUCUCUCAGCAGAUCUAGUUCAAAAGCAAGCACCAUAUCUCGAUCUAAUUCUACUUCAUCGCGAAAAAAUCAUGAAUAUCCUUUACGGAGUCCUCAACAUUCCAAACAACAUCACGAAGUAUCAAAUUCCUUAGAAAGUCGUGUCAUCAAAGUUAUCGGUGAAGAUGGUGCAAUGCGAACUAUUUAUAUUAAUAAUGUAACCGAUGCUAAAUCUAUUUUAGCAAAAGUUUUACAAAAGUUUAAUAUUAAUGAUGAUGUUGAAAAAUAUUCGUUAUUUACAACUUUAAGCGAUUCUGGUUCAGCUCGAAGCUUAUCUGAUGAAGAAUUAGUGAAAAUUUGUAGAAGUUCAGAUAAAUCGGAAAGAGAUAGACUUAUUUUACGCAAGAAGCAUGUACAUAUGAGUUUUGAACAAUUAAAACGUCGGAAUAGAGAUAAAAAAUUAGAAAAUUUCUUUGGAGAAAAACCUCCAUCAUCACAAGUUGGAAUAUCACAAAAAAAUUUAAGAAAUUUUUUUGGUCAACGGCCUCCUUCAGAACUGAUUUCAUUGAAUCUUACAGAAUAUUUUCCCGGACAUAAUAGUGAAGAAUUAGAACGAAGUUGUAGAAAUUCUGUUAGAAGGGCAUCAAGACUUUCCUCCGCUUCUAAAUUUUCUAGGCGUAAAUCGAAAAGAAUGUCUUAUUUAUAUGAUGAUGAAAAGGCUAAUACUUUUCUAUCACCUAUGGAUUAUUCAGAAACAGCAAUUGGCGCUUUGAUCGGAAUGGGAUCUUUUAGCAGUGUGUACUUAGGACUUAAUGCUAUUACUGGAGAAUUAAUGGCGGUUAAGCAAGUUGAAUUACCUACAGGACAAUCUGCAAAUGAGGAGAGAAAGAAAUCUAUGUUAGAUGCUUUACAAAGAGAAAUUACUCUUUUAAAGGAUUUACAUCAUGAAAAUAUUGUGCAAUACCUUGGUGGAUCAGUCGCAACUAUGCUUAAUAAUUAUGGUCCAUUAGAAGAAACAUUGGUUAGGUCAUUUAACAGGCAAAUUUUACAAGGAUUAAACUACCUUCAUGAGAAGGAUAUUAUUCAUCGUGAUAUCAAAGGCGCUAACAUUUUAGUUGACAAUAAGGGAGGUGUCAAAAUAUCAGAUUUUGGUAUUUCAAAAAAAGUUGAAGACCGUUCAGUGUUUUGGAUGGCUCCAGAAGUUGUUAAACAAACUCCUUAUACAAGCAAAGCAGAUAUAUGGAGUUUAGGAUGUUUAAUUGUAGAAAUGUUCACAGGAGAUCACCCAUUCCCUGAAUUUAAUCAAAUGCAGGCCAUGUUUAGGAUUGGAUCUCAAUCAUGUUCACCUGAAAUACCAGAAGUAGUAUCAAAUGAGGCAAAAGAGUUUUUGAGAAAGACUUUUGAAUU